UUCAACCAUGCGUGCUGCAAGUAUUCUAUAUUUCGCUCUAUCGGCUGGUGUUGCAUUCGCUCACGACGUGGACUAUUGCGAGCAACUGUGCCAAAGCAUCGAUUCCUGUGAGUCUUCUAAGCAAGGUUCCUAUUGCAAGAGUGAUGGAUCGUGCUUUGGUAUGUAUCAUGAUGGUUUUGGUUAUGAAUACCAACCAGCAAAUGCAGCUGGUAUGGAACCUGUGUAUUGCCCUAUGGUUGAGCAUGCACCUGGCAAGGUUCUCAUCAUCUACACUGGUGGUACUAUAGGCAUGCAGCCUUACCCUAAUGGUACACUACAUCCAGUACCGGGAUACCUUACUGAUCAGAUCAACAAUAUGGAGGAGUUACAGCAGCCUGGCAUGCCUGAGUUUACUGUCCUCGAGUAUGAAAAUUUGAUUGAUAGUUCCGAUGCUACUCCUGAGAAUUGGGUCACUAUGGCUAAGACUAUCGAAGAUAACUAUGAUGAUUAUGAUGGUUUUGUUAUUCUGCACGGCACGGACUCGAUGGCCUACACUACGAGCGCAUUGUCUCUCAUGCUUGAAAAUCUGUCGAAGAGUGUUGUUGUCACUGGUUCCAUCUUACCAUUUAUUGAUCCUCACAGCGAUGCCAAGAGGAACAUCGUCGUUUCCGUUAUGUUCGCUGGUAAAUAUACGAUACCAGAAGUGUGCCUCUUCUUCGACACAGUUCUCUUGAGGGGCAAUAGGGCUACUAAGGUUGAUGCUAGUGCUAUCGAGGCCUUCGGUUCGCCCAAGGAACGUCCUCUUGCCACCAUCGGUGUUGGUAUUGACUUCAGUAAGGAUCUCCUUCUUCCUGCACCAUCAGCUCCUCUCACCGUACAGACAACAAUGGCGGACUCUAUCCUCGCUGUGCGCAUGAUUCCUGGUUUGUCCAGCUUACUCUCCCUUGAUGUUAACGACAUAAAUGGUGUUGUUCUUCUGCUGUACGGCACCGGCAAUGCUCCUUCUAACGCGAACUUCCUCUCAUGGUUGCAAAAGUUGGAUGAUGGGCAAAUCCCCGUGGUUGUGGUAUCCCAAGUUCUUAAGGGUGUUGUUAGCCUCGGUGACUAUGCUGCAGGCUCUCAGCUACUCCGUUAUGGUGUCAUCAGCGGUGGUGACAUGACUCCUGAGGCUGCUGUUGCCAAGCUCAGCUAUUUACUGGGCAAGGGAUACACCAUUGAUGAGAUCAAGAGCGAGUUUGGUAUGAACUUGGAAGGCGAGAUUACUGUGAACGAAGUUUCACAAGGGAAUCCUUUCGAUCCUGUUAACGACUCGGCCACUGAACUUCUCAGUAUUGAAGAACCCAAGAUGAUUGUCGUCUAAUCCACAGACGUUCAUGAUAUGUUUAUUUUUUGUAAUUACUGUAUAACUAGCUAUGUUGAACCUAACCACUGAGCCGGUUGUGGCAUUCAGUAUCUCGCUCUUCAAUUUUACCCAAAUCCACUAUUGAAUGCGUUUAGCAUUGUUGUGGAGUUCUUCU